CGUUCUUGGCCGGUAGUAGUGGUAGUACUGUAGCAGACAACAUCUUUCAUGCGUGUUCAUGUGUUAAGUUUUUAGGUGGUGGUUUUUGUGUGACGGUUUAGUUUAAGAUGCAAAUAGUGAAUAAAUUGCUGUGGGUUAUUUCAAGUGGACCGAGCGGAUUGGCUUUGUUUUUAGUUUGAAAUUAGUCUGAUGGGCGGCCGGCUGCCGUGACCCGGUAUGAAUGGCCGGCUCCUGCUGCUGCUGCUGAGCUGCGUGCUGACCCUAGCCCUGGUGUGUGGGGAGAGUAGACCCGCUUGGGGUGACUGGGUGGUUGCCGGGGACGACGCGGACACAGGCGCCUCUAUACUGCUGAGGCGCAUCACACCCAAGAGUGUCUUCGUAGCUCCUACCUUCACAGGUUGCUCAGAAGGGUACAGACAAGAUUCACUGGGACGGUGUGUAAAACUUGUUAAGGUAAACCAACAGUCUCAGUGGAACUUUUUCCUGGAGAGACUGAACUCGAUGUAUGCUCCGUCUUCCACUAGUAAAAAGCCCCAGGAAACCGGACCCUUCCACAUCAACCUCCCCUUGGCUAACAAUCCUCAGGAGUCUGUUGUACAGAAGAGACUUCCUCCCCCGAUGCAAGAGGUGAAGACGCCACAGCCAACUCAGCAACCAACAACAACAACAACAACAAGAACGACGACGACUGCGAGAGCAACGACAAUCCCACCACAAACGUCUACGUGGCCAACUACGACGAUGAGCGAAUCAACGACUCCAGAAGUCUCAUCUACAACUGUUGUCGAGCCAACGGAAGUAACGACCACAGAGAAAGAUCUCUAUACUGACCCAACAUUAGAGUCAAGGAGAGAGACAACAACGGAAGGGGAUGUUGCAGUGAUGUUAGGAGACCAGCCUUUCCAAGAGGCUGUAGAAGAAUCAUUUGGCACACCAAAGAGCAGAGAGAAGAUACAAGUAAAACCAUUCUUGAUCAUAGUUACCAACCCGACAGUCACUAGGGAGGACACUACUCCUAUACUGCCAGAAGAAAACGAAACUUCUACGACAGAAGCGACGACAGAGGGAAACACAAAGUUCACAACUGAGAUUCCAGAAACCUUUGGCGAGUCUAGAGACGCGACUGAAUCUUCCAUCAGGCCUACAGUUACAUUUAGGCCUGGAUGUGAAGAUUCCGCAGCUUUUGAAAAUUGUGAACCGGUCGGGACCGAAGUAGUCUUCGGUGAGUCAAGUCCAUCUUCACUCCCAGAAUUACCGCUCCUCGAUCCCAGUUCGCAGGUUAGGUUUCCUUCUGAAUCGUUCGUUCCUGUGCGAAAAACUCAGUCCUACGUUAGGUUUCCAGAUGUCGCUAAUCCACAUGAGGAUAGACCAGCUUUUUGGUGGCCCUCCUGGGAAAUCCGUCGGUACCCGGGUAUCCAUGGAUGGCCGGAGUCUUCCGAACAGAUCCGGUCCACAGAUAGAGUAAUCCAAAGGAAGUAUCCGAUGGGAACGACCUGGUCUUCCAUGGCUUGGCAGAGGAGAUUUUUACAAAGAGACUGAAGUAUUAUUUAGUAUUUAAUCUUUGUACAUAGUUAGUUUACUCGUAAAGAUUUAAAAUAGUGUACAUUCGCUUUUCGAUAGCUUUAAUUCAAAGUACUGUUGAUUUCACUGAUUUGCUCUUUAAAAAUUUCUCUCUCAUCCUAUCUUAUUAUUUCUGUGUUAGUUUGACACAAGAGCAGUCCUCAAAUCAAGGUAUGAUGAAUAUUGGUUUUAAAACUACUAUAUACCUCGAAACAUCAAUUUUAAACAAAUCAAAUAAUACGGAAAAUUUAUAUUAGGGCCUAACUGAAUCAAUGUAGAGGAAUAUUUAAAGAGCAUAUUAGUGGCAAAAAGGGCAUAAUAUGUGUAUACUUUAAACUAUAUCUAUGUAUUAUCAGGAAAUCUGUAUGUACCUGAAAAAGUUUGAUGCUGUAUUGUUGUCUUGUGCGAUUUUGUUUAUCACUAAUCAUCAUCGAUGUUAGUUGUCGUAUUUAUCGCUUUUCUUGAAUUAGGAGUUGAGUAAAGCUUGCAAUUAUUUUAUUUGAAGAUGUUAAAUGUUAAACAUUUGGACUUAAAUGAUAAUUGUUGCCCGUUUGAGAAAGAGUAAAACACUUUUUUUCUAUUCUUAAUAUUCUAUUCCCUAUGAUAUAUCUAUGUCAAUAAUUUUAUUUAAUAUACCAUGUAUAUUAUGCUCUGCGAGCAGAAGAAGAAUUUUUAUAAUUAAUACUCCUUGAAAGGUAUUUUUCUAAUUGUUAGGAAAAAAUCUAAAAUUACAGUUCUUAAUUUCGUAAUUCUUAGCAAGCUUUAAAAAAAAAAGAAUAAAUACCCAUUAAAAAGCCUUUAUAGGACUACCAAAUGAUUACUUUGUAACAAGGAAUAAUAUAGCGUUGAUGCUUGUUAAACUUACAAAUCAAAAGAAAAUUAUUGCUAACUGAAGUUUUCAAUUGAUCGUAUGAUUUCAACUUUUCAUUUACCACGAGAAAGAUUUAUUUUAGGAAAGCUUUAGACUGUCAGUAAAAGUAACCUCUAGUAUUUACAAGGUGUUUCAUAAAUACUUACUUUUACAGGCAAUCCAAAACAAAUUGCUUCUAGUCCUAAACACCUUUCUCGUAGUAAAAGAAAAGUGAAGGUAAAAACUCAUAAUGUUAAAUAUCCAAGCAACAUAAAUAUGUUAUUUUUUAUUGAUAAUAAUCUAAGAAAACUUUAUUCUGAUAAAUGAGUGAAACUCUAAAACAUUCUAACUUAAAGUUGGUUAAUUCUAAGUUAAACUUGUAACUCAACUCCACGUGUACAACCAUAUCACCACUUACCAAUGUAUGUAGUUUUGUAUUAUUUAGACUAAAGUAACUUAUAUAUUUAUUGUUAUACAAUCUUACAUCUGUGCAGUCUUUUCAUAAUUUUUAGUAGCAUUUUAUUUCUUGCCAAUUUAUCUCGCAUUGUUCCAUAAUGGUCAGUGAAUAUUUUAAAAUUUUAAUUCUACAAACAAAAAUUUCAACCUACAAAUUUUAAUUACUUUUGAAUAACCUUUUAAAUGUUACUUUUACUUAAGAUAUGACCAGUAACUGUUUAUAGAUAUUUUCCUUUGUCAAAACAGGUAGGUAUCGAAUGCCAAGUUCCAAAGUAGUAUGAUAUGUACAAAUUGUGAUUAUUAUAAACUGCAUGGAAUUGUUGUUGUCAAUUAUGUUGUAUUAUACAAUAUACAUUUGGAAAAUGCA